AUGGAAAAGACAGGAUGCUCCAACUCCCAGCCCCAUGCCAGGGCGGGGAGUCUUCAGGGAGAGACCGGUCCAGGGGGCUCGGCCAUGUCCAGCCUUGACGGGACCAGAAUCUCCUUGAGUUUGACAGAGUCACCGCCAGCGCCCUCUGCUGGUGAGUGGCCAGAGGGCAGGAGCAAGCAGGCCAAGGGCUGUGUCCACCCCCUGGCCCUCUGCUCCCUGGCUGUGGUGGGACCUGGAGGCAGAUGCCCUCACAGGCUAGCUGGGAACCCUAGCAAGUCCCCUCCACUAGCUUGGGCAAGGGCAGCUGGAAGAAAACCACCCAAUCCAGCCUCAGGCCCCCGAGCUCAUGCCUCGGCGCAGAUGUGGGCCCCGGCCCCGGCUCUGGGCUGGGCUCUGCGGGAGAAUGAGGCGCAUUUCUCUGGCUCCCUUCAGGGCCUGGCCGUGCUCCCCUGCUUCUGCUCCAAGACAGACCCCCGCAGCUCAGCCAUCACAGCGCUGCGGGAGCUGACUCUGACCCAUUUGAAUGCUACAGCUUGGGUUUCUCAUCCUCACUCGGACUUUCACACGGGAAACUUUUUAUGCAGAGGCUGGUUUCCUGCUCCUCAGUCCCCAUUUUUCAGCUGGUUAUGGGAAGAGGUUUUUAAGGAGAAAAAGUCUGAGCAGUUUGCCCUCUGGAUCAGUAGAUACGGGGAGGAGUUCGUGUGUAUAAUGAAGGUUGGCACAUUGGAUCACAUCCUAGGGAGUGAACCGCCUUCCUCCCCUGCUUCUUGGGUCUAUGUGAGAGACCAUGGUUACUUCAAGACCACCUCUGACCUUUGGGAAAUUGCCCUCCAGGCCACCAAGGGCAGGGAGCCAGCGAGCGCACCCAAGGAUGGGAAGAGCCCCUUCAGCGGGCUGGCCGCUGGGGAGUCCGGCUGGUCUCAGCACCGGCAGCGGCGCCUGCAGGACCACGGCAAGGAGCGGAAGGAGCUCCUCUCCAUGACGUUGCAGUGUGCGGAGAAGAAGCCUGAAGCUGGUGGCCCAGAAGUAGAGCCCUGCCCGGAGCCCCACAUGGAGGCGCUGGAGUCGCUGACUCGGGUCCCCACGGCAGGCCCCGAGGGUGGGGGUGUCCGCCCCGAGCAGCCGUUCAUCGUGCUGGGGCAGGAGGAGUACGGGGAGCACCACUCCUCCAUCAUGCACUGCAGAGUGGACUGCUCCGGGAGGAGGGUCGCCAGCUUGGAUGUCGACGGGGUCAUUAAAGUGUGGUCCUUCAACCCCAUCAUGCAGACCAAGGCAUCUUCCAUUUCCAAGUCGCCGCUGCUUUCUUUAGAGUGGGCCACCAAGCGGGACAGGCUGCUCCUGCUGGGCAGCGGGAUGGGCACGGUGCGCCUCUAUGACACGGAAGCCAAGAAGAACCUCUGUGUGAUCAACAUCAAUGACGACAUGCCCCGGAUCCUGUCUCUCGCAUGUAGCCCCAGCGGGGCCUCUUUCGUCUGUUCAGCUGCAGCUCCGAGCCUCACCGCCCAGAUGGACUUGUCAGCCCCAGACAUCGGCAGCAAGGGCACUAAUCAGGUUCCUGGGAAGCUGCUGCUGUGGGACACGAAAACCAUGAAGCAGCAGCUCCAGUUCUCCCUGGAUCCGGAGCCCAUUGCCAUCAACUGCACAGCCUUCAAUCACAAUGGAAACCUGCUGGUCACGGGGGCGGCCGAUGGCGUCAUUCGGCUGUUCGAUAUGCAGCAGCACGAGUGCGCUAUGAGCUGGAAGGCCCACUGCGGGGAGGUGUACUCCGUGGAGUUCAGCUACGACGAGAACACCGUCUACAGCAUCGGCGAGGACGGGAAGUUCAUCCAGUGGAACAUCCACAAGGGCCUGAAGGUGUCUGAGUACAGCCUCCCCGCCGACGCCACGGGCCCCUUUGUGCUGUCCGGGUACAGCGGCUACAAGCAGGUUCAGGUCCCCCGGGGGCGACUCUUCGCUUUUGACUCGGAAGGAAAUUACAUGCUGACGUGUUCUGCCACGGGAGGCGUCAUCUACAAGCUGAGCGGGGAUGAGAAGGUUCUGGAGAGCUGUUUGAGCCUGGGUGGCCACCGAGCCCCUGUGGUCACCGUGGACUGGAGCACGGCCAUGGACUGCGGGACCUGCCUCACAGCCUCCAUGGACGGCAAGAUCAAGCUGACCACCCUCCUGGCCCAUAAAGUCUGAGGGGACUGGUCCUGAGGGACACCCACAGAAGCAAUAUUACCCUGGGCAGGGGGCCGGCAGACAACAUGGAAAGACAGGAUGCUCCACUCCCAGCCCCCUGCCAGGGCGGGGAGUCUUCAGGGAGAGACCGUCCAGGGGGCUCGGCCAUGUCCAGCUGCCGGGACCAGAAUGUGAGCCACAUGGAGUGGUUGCCCGUGUUCCCCAGAUACCAGGACGCUUGGCUCUGCCAGGAGCAGGCUCCAGACGUGGGAGGAACACUCAGGAAGCAGGAGAAACACUGUCACGGCUGCUCUGUUGGCCCAGAAGAGAUUGAAAGUAUUUUGUAUA